AAAAAAUGCAUGAAACGGUAAAAAUAUAUAUGGACUACCUAUCAAGUGAUAUUCCUUAUUUAUUUAACUGUGUGGUAAGGAGUUGGAGCGCUCGAGGAGACCGAAGUGACUUCAAAGUUAUGGCCGACAAGAAAGAGAAGAUCAUGGAGAUAAUGACUUGGGAGCAAGCCAAAAACACUUUAUGGAAUUGGACAACACGUUUAAAGGAACAGUUACCGGCGAUAAUGGAUGGAAGAAUGUUUCUGAAAGGCUCUUUGGCAAGUGCAUUCCUCGCGUUGGUAUUCAGUUACGUUCUUCAUUACAUUAUUUACCCGGGCACGUUAAGAAUAACAGUUAUGACCGGUGAUAAACCCCGGCAGAGUGACACCGCAUGUGUAUGUUUAACGCUUUCCGUGGACGGAUACAAGGCACUGGAACAGAAGCUGGAAGCACGCUUUAAUCAUGAUUUUUCACGUGGACAAACAGAUACGUUCGACGUACCAAACGUUCAGCUACCUUCUGAGGUUGACAGUAUAGAAAUAUCCAAGUGUCGACCAGGUGAUGAAGUUGACUGGUACAUCGACAUUGUUAAAGUGCAGAAUAUGAAAACAGAAUCGAGUAGGGAAUUUCCAGUUUUUCGUAGACUUGGAUCGAAUGAAGUAGUCGUCAUUCACAAUUACGACACUUACUUACCGAAUGAUGAAUUCUACAACAAACUUCCAAAGAUGCUAGAACAAAGACAGCGCGAAUUAGAGACAGCGAAGCGGGAUUACGAGUAUGAAUAUAAAGAUGAGCUACCAGUUAUGGUGAAGGAACUACCUGACAAAGAAAAAUUUUCAUUUUUGUACGAGAUGUUUCUUGGAUUGAACCUCGGAAAAUUCAUUCUGUUAACAAGCGCAUUUGAACACACAGAUUGGGGACAAACUAUAGAAGGCGUAAUGGACAUUUUUAAGUACCUUCAUCUAAAACCGCCCAGCGAUUUAGAACGAUGGAGGAGCGACGAAAAAUUUGGUUUACAACGCCUACUUGGCGUUAACAGCAACGUAAUCCGUCGGGUUAAGGACAUGGCCCAACUACAAAAGCUUAACGUACAUGAAAACGACGUGUUACUUACUUCCGAGGACCUCACAGUCAUGGAAGCCUUCAAUGAAAAUCGACUUUUCAUCGUCGACCACAGCAUUAUCCAGGGCUGCCCAACGAGCGAGCGCGUCAUCCUUUGUUCGCCAAUAGCGCUUUUUGUCCGUAAUGAAGAUGACAAGAUCAUGCCAGUGGCGAUCCAGCUUUUUCAGAAUAAAACAGAUGAUAAUCCAGUAUUUUACCCUGAUGAUGACGAAAUAACCUGGCAAUUGGCCAAAAUAUGGUUCAACAACGCCGACGCACAAGUGCACCAAUCAAUAUUCCAUCUUGGGUACACACAUCUGAUCAUGGAAGGCUUCGCAGUCGCUGCACACCGUCACCUAUCUACUUCUCACCCGAUAUUCAAACUACUGGCUCCCCAUUUUAUUUACCUGAUGGCGAUUAAUAAGGGGGGCAUGAGUCUGCUACUUGCAGAAGGGAAAGCUUUGGAUAAAGUUAUGUCUUCAGGCGCAGCAGGUGGUAAAUACCUGAUAGCUCGAUACAAAACAAAAUGGCGUUUGAAUAUUGAAGGCACACUCCCGGCAGAUUUGGAAGCUCGUGGGGUAGGAAAAGAAGUAAUUCCCAUUUAUCCGUUCAGAGACGAUGCUAUGCUUACGUACGAUGUUAUCAAACGGUAUGUGCAUCAUUACGUUGAUCUAUAUUACAAAGAUGAAGAUGUCCUAAAGGGUGACGAAGAGAUACAGAAUUGGCGAAGUGAUAUGACUCGCCCCGAAUCGCAAGGCGGACUCGGGAUUUUCGGUGUCCCAGGAGAGAACGAUAGAUUUCAAACCAAAGAGGAUUUAGCUAUUGUGUUGACAAGUAUCAUUUACACAUGUAGCGUCGGGCAUGCAGCGGUGAACUUCAAACAGUACGACGAGUACGCCUUCCCCUUAAACUACCCGUCGAAACUAAAAGGGAAGCCUCCUACCGACAAGACGAGGCGUUAUGUGCGUGACAUUCUAUCAAUUCUUCCUCCGAAACCUACGCAUCACACACUUUUGGAAGUGGCAGGUAUAUUGAGCAGUCGCGGAACAAACAGUCUCGGGCAUUUCGAAGUAGACUACAUUCAUGACCCAGCAGCUGUGGAAUUGGUAAAAACGUUUCGGAAAGAACUCGAAACGGUUUCUAAAACCAUCAAGGAGAGGAAUAAACAAAGACCUCAAGAGUUGCAGUACGAUUAUCUGGAUCCACAAAGCAUUCCUAAUUCAAUCAGUAUAUAGACACCAGAGAUAUGUGUUCCCUGCUUUGACCUAGUUUGUGAUUAUGUUGUUCUUUUUGUAGUUGUUUUGAUCAAAAUACUUUUUUAAAUGGCAAGUAUAGUACAGCAUAGUAUAAAACUUUAAAGAAGAAUUAUUUUUACACAUUUUGCCUUAAUUGUUUUAACUGAAACCCAUUGUGAAGGUUGACCGACUCCCUUAACUACAUAUCAUUUGCAGACAUAUUCAUGUAUUUAAAUUUCUCUUUGCUUUAAAUCUGACAAUUUGAACGUUUGUGACGCAGGGUUUUAACGUUUUUGUACUAUAUAUAUUUUUAUAAUAAGAUUGGUUGUAACCAGUAGUUUCUGUAAUUGUGUUGUGUUCAUAAUGCCUUUAGUUUGUCCGUGCUUCCUUACUCUGCAGUUAAUUGUACCAAAUUGUUUUGUUUUAAUUUGUUCGAAAUAAGCCUUAUUGUUUAUUUUUUUGGUUGUUAUCUUAUGAAUUAUUCUAACUUCUAAGUUUACUCUUGUUAAAGGAUCUGCUAUAAUUACGUUAUUGAUACAUACUAAUUAAAACAUAUUGUUUUGUUAUAUUGUGUCUGCUGUGUUUUUCUAUUAUGUGUAUGUAAACCUUUUUAUGUUUCUAUGUUUAUUUUAAAAAUUCGUAUAGAUAAAAAAAUAAAUUAGGAAGCUCA